AUGCUACCAACUGUUAGUACGGCUGUGCGUGUGUGUGUCUUCUCUCUCUCUCUCUCUCUCUCUCUCUCUCUCUCUCUCUCUCUCUCUCUCUCUCUCUCUCUCUCUCUCUCUCUUUCUCUCUCUCUCUCUCUCUCUCUCUUUCUCUCUCUCUCUCUCUCUCUCUCUCUCUCUCUUUGGAUCUUUGAUCCCAGCCAUGGCCCCGGCUGCGAGUCGCCGUCGUCGUCGUCGGGCACCGGCUGCCCCGCCCAAGCCCGAAUUGAGGACACGCGCUUUCUCUGCGGUGAGUACGCCCUGGUCAAGAGCAACCUGGAAGACUCGCCAUACAUUGUGGCCAUUGAACGCGUCCUAGGCUCGGCCCGCGGCCAGGAUCUUCAGGUGGAGGUGCGCUGGUUCUAUCGUCCCGAGGACGUGCGCGCCGUCCUCAAGCGCACCAAGCUGAACGUCCUACCCAACGAGCUCUUCGACUCGGAAUAUCGUCAAAUAAUCGACCCAGAGACCAUUGAUGGUCCCGCCAUCAUCAAAUACACUGCAGCUGAUGCGUCCACGACAAACCAGCGUCGUACUUUUGCCGGCCGUGGAGACACGGCCAGCGAUGACGAAGAAAGCGAUGAUGAGCAAACCAUCCCCGUGUUCAUCUGCCGCCAUAAGCUCCUCUGUGAUAACCACUACAACGAACCGCUUCAAAACCCCCGCCUCCAACGCUACACCCUCUCUCUACUACGCCGCCAGUCACAGCUCGCCCAACUCGACAGCUCGGGCGCCACCGAGAGGAAAAACGCUGCUGCAGACUCGGAAGGCGACGAAGAUGAUGAGGAUCACCAUUUGUCGGCCGAAGAGAGCGAUGCUGUGCUAUCUGCCGCCGACUCGGAGGACAGUGAUGCCGAUGUACCCACGCCCCGCAAAAAGAUUGCCAAGCGGAUAGCUGGCACACCCAAGAAAACUCAGACCCCGCAGACCGCAGACCGCAGCCAGCCCCGACGUCGGGGCCGCCCACCAGCACAACGCAGAACCUCAUCCGCAACUGGAGACAGCAGCCCCUCAACCCCGGCUAAGCGUCGCGCCUCGACCACGCGUGGCCGUAAUCGCCGCCUGACGCUGCGCGUCCAGGAUACGGCCAGUGCUGAGCCAGCCGACGCUAGCGCCUCGAGUGCUGCUUGUCGCGCCCUGGCUCUAAACAACCUCCCCACAACCAACGAAGCCCUGCCCUGUCGCGAGAUCGAGUUUUACGAAAUUUACACCUUUGUUCAAGAAAAAUUGCACGCCAAGGCCUCGGGCUGUCUAUUCGUCAGCGGCGUCCCUGGAACGGGCAAAACUGCGACCAUUCGGGCUGUUUCUCGCUUACUCAUGGCCGAGCGCGAGGCCGGUCAUUUGCAGCCUUUUCAAUUUCUGGAAAUCAACGCCAUGUCACUGACUAGCCCGGCGCAAGCAUAUGUCGAACUGUACCAGAAGCUGGGCCACCACGAGGACCGCGUGGUGGCACCUGCACAUGCCUGUCAAAUGCUGCAGCGUCACUUCACGCUCCCUGCCCCCAACAAGACCACCUACGUUGUACUGCUCGAUGAAGUAGACUACCUCUACACCAAGAAACAGGAUGUGUUGUAUAGUCUUUUUGACUGGCCAACCCACAAGCAUAGCCGCCUCAUUCUGGUUGCCGUGGCCAACACCAUGGAUCUUCCUGAACGUGUGAUGGCACACCGCGUCUCGUCGCGUCUGGGCUUGAGCCGCCUGAGUUUUGCGCCAUAUACCCGAGAACAGCUGGUGCAGAUUCUCAAGCAGCGUGUGGCUGAGGUUGCGGCCUUUGAGGAGCCUGCGCUGGAGCUGGCGGCUCGCAAGGUGGCUGCUGUGUCAGGCGAUGCCCGCCGACUUGCCAAGCUCACCCUUGCAUCUGCGUUUGUCUCAAACCCCAUUUUCAGUGCACUCGGCAUCUGCACGCGCGCAGCCGAGAUGGCCAAGGAGCGCGGCGCUGAGAAGAUCAACAUUAUGUGCGUUUCGGAUGCAUUGGUGGAGCUCUCGGCCUCGCCAAUUUUAAAUGCCAUUCAACAAGCCUCGGUCUAUGAGAAGGUGUCCUUGCUGGCGGCUUUGAUCUGCUUUCAUCAGCGCGGCAUUGAGGAGGCGGACUUUGCAGACGUGCUUCUACAACAUACCAAGUUGUGCAACCGCUUUGGCAUGAUUCCGGCCUCAUCGUCGGUGGUUGCAGCCGUGUGCAGCAACCUGGGGGCUAGUCGCGUGCUGAUGUUGGAGCAUGGCCGUUACGAUAUGCAGCGACGGGCUCGCCUGAACUGUAGCAAGGAUGAUGUGCUCUUUGCACUUCGGGAUGACCCCAUGACGCAGGCCGUGGUACAGCUGCUGGAGGCAGCCACCACGACUCGCAACGCCGCCCCAACCGUGCCUCAGUUUGACCCCGAGGAUAACGGUGACAUGUAG